UUGUUCAAUAAAGUUGGAAUUGAAGCCAAAAUGGCGACGUGCAUGUUGUCGUCAAAGAUGUCGCCCUUGGUGUCACCCAUCAUUAGAUUUCUACUGAAAGAUCAGUACUAUUCCUCGAAAACGAUAUGUAACGGUGUGACUAACAUUUCCAGACGAGGCUAUUCGACGGAUGCUCUCCCCCAGCCGGCUGCAGAAGACAGCAAUGCUGCCGCAGCGUACAGCGGACCACUGGAGCACUACAACAGUCUGGUCAGGGAUGAGUCGCUGCAAGAGGACCCACAUCAAAAAGCCGUGGUUCAGACCUUGGAUAAAAUGCACAAAACCCUAAGAGGUUACAACAACCAGCCUACGUCCCUCUUCUCGAAGUUUUUCUCUAAGCCAAAGCCCCCAAAAGGGUACUACAUCUAUGGAGAUGUUGGCACAGGGAAAACGAUGGUUAUGGACAUGUUCUACUCCUACGUGGAGACAGAGAAGAAAAAGAGGGUCCAUUUCCACGGCUUCAUGUUAGAUGUACAUAAUAGAAUACAUCGCCUUAAAAAGAGCCUGCCAAAAAGGAAAGCUGGGAGGAUGGCUAAAGUCUAUGACCCGAUUGCACCAAUAGCAGAGGAGAUCAGUGAAGAGGCCUGUCUGUUGUGCUUUGAUGAGUUUCAGGUGACAGACAUUGCAGAUGCAAUGAUUCUGAAACAGCUCUUUGAAAACCUCUUUAAGAAUGGGGUUGUUGUCGUGGCCACGUCCAACCGGCCCCCAGAGGAUUUGUACAAGAACGGACUACAGAGGGUCAACUUUGUGCCAUUUAUUGCUGUGUUGAAGAACUAUUGCCAAGAGCUUCGUCUGGACUCUGGGAUAGACUACCGCAGAAGAAACAGACCCUCAGCUGGGAAACUGUACUUCCUCUCGAGUGAACCUUGUGUUGAGGCAAUACUGGACAAGCUGUUUGACGAGCUGGCCUUCAAACAGAACGACAGUAAGAUGCUCACGUUGUCAUUGAGUGUAGAUAAAGAGGGAUCGGUGGAGCGGUCUAUAAUUAUAGUAACACGGCCAAGGACUCUGAAACUGCUAGCCAGGGAGGUCAGUCUUAUGAAAACCUGUGGGACCAUAGCAGACUGUACCUUCGAGGAGCUGUGUGAUAGACCAUUGGGUGCCAGUGACUACUUGGAGAUUUCCAGGCAGUUUGAUACUGUAUUCAUCAGGAACAUUCCCCUGCUCACUAUGAACAAGAAGACUCAAGCGAGACGCUUGAUCACGCUUAUCGAUGCCUUCUAUGAACACAAGGUACGAGUGGUGAUUCUGGCCGAUCACCCUCUGGAUGACAUCUUUGUACACGACGGAGAUCACGAACACCACCAUCAUGAACUCAUGGAUGAUCUCAACCUAAAAAAGGAUGCAGCCAGUGAGUUGUCUAUCUUCAGUGGAGCAGAGGAGAUCUUUGCCUUCCAAAGGACAGUGUCUCGCCUCACUGAGAUGCAGACUGAAGAGUACUGGCUGGAAGGGGACAGGAGCACCAUCACCACGUAGCUGUACAGUACCCCUCACCAACCCUCCACUACCUGCAAGGACAGUGAAAACCACCUCACCAGUACAGACUAUCAGUUAAUUUGACGGGAUCAGUUUGAGCGUGGUGAGGCGCAGAAUCACCAAUCAUGAUCACAUAUAAUAAGUGUGAUUUGUAGAUCAGUGAUUCUACGCCGGACUACUUUGCAGUCGGACAUCUCAAACAUGCACAUACACUACCACGAGGGACUCCAAACAAUGGAAUAUAUUUAUUAUACUAAGAAAGUAUGACUUCAAGCCUUUAUGAUUUUACUUUGCCAUUGCACUUUACAAACUGACUAUAUUGUGCAGAACAUUUUAAGUUAAACUUUUAUCUGUGGAUUUCUUUCUAUACUGUACACAUACGGUAGAUAGGGUAUAUUGUGUGAAUGGCUUUUGCAAAAAAAGUUCAAUGAAAUCCACUUCUACAAAUGGAACUACUGGUUCAAGGUACAUUUGUUAUUUUAUAUCUUCUAAUGAAAAGGAUUGUCUAUUUUAAUAAGUGAUGUACUGUAUUAUUUUAUUGAGACGAUCAUAGAGUGAUGACUACAGUAUGGUUCACAUGGAUGUAUGUAAGGCUGCUUGUCUCUGAUGUUGAAAGCAACAUCCUGCCUUCAUGGUUUUUAAGUUUUAUUUAGCAAACAGAUAUGACUGUAACUGAGUGCCAGCCUAUGCUGUGCUGUCAUGCCACCUCUUUGUCACUCAUUGUCAAGUCAAAUAAUUGGAGUGGGAAAGAGUACAAACAUCUAGGAUCAGGCUAGGAAACACAGAUUACUGGGCACAAUUGUGUAGUUUGACAUGACAUACACUUUAUGACCAAAAGUAUGUGGACAUCUGCUGGUCAAACAUCUCAUUCCUAAAUCAUGGGAAUUAAUAUGGAGUUGGUCCUCCCCUUUGAUGCUUUAACAGCCUCCACUCUUCUGGGAAGGCUUUCCACUAGAUGUUGGAACAUUUCUGAAGGGACUUGCUUCCAUUCAGCCGCAAGAGCAUUAGUGAGGUCAGCACUGAUGUUGGGCGAUUAGGCCUGGCUCGCAGUUGGCGUUCCAAUUCAUCCCAAAGGUGUUAGAUGGGGUUGAGGUAAAGGCUCUUUGCAGGCUAGUCAAGUUCUUCCACGCCGAUCUCGAACAAAUGAUUUCUGUAUGGAAUUUGCUUUAUGUACGGGGGCAUUGUCAUGCUGAAACAGCAAAGGGCCUUCCCAUAACUGUUUCCACAAAGUUGGAAGCACAGAAGCUUCUAGAAUGCUGUAGCGUUAAGAUUUCCCUUCACUGGAACAAAGGGACCUAGCCCAAACCAUGAAAAACAGCCCCUGACCAUUAUUCCUCCUCCACCAAACUUUACAGUUGGCGCUAUAGAUUCGGGCAGGUAGCGUUCUCCUGGCAUCCGCCAAACCCAGAUUAGUUCGUCGGACUGCCAGAUGGUGAAGUGUGAUUCAUCACUCCAGAACGCGUUUCCACUGGCAGCGAGCUUUAAGCUACUCCAGCCGAUGAUGAUCUUAGGCUUGUGUACGGCCCAUGUCAUGAAGCCCCUGACUAACAGUUAUUGUGCUGAGGCAGUUUAGAACUUGGUAGAGUGUUGCAACUGAGGACCGAUUCACUUCAGCACCCGGCAGUCCCAUUCGAAUUGUUUUUUGACCUACCACUUUGCGGCUCAGCCGUUGUUGCUUCUAGACGUUUCCACUUCACAAUAACAGGUAUUGUAGAUAUUUGAUAGUAGAGUAGUGGCCCGAAGGAACACUUAAUGUAUUGUAUAAAGUCUUAUGAAAUGUCAUGUAAUAUUUAAAAUUGCGUAUGACCACUGGAAGAGUAUGGGGAUCCUUAAUAAAUACAAACAGCACUUAUAGUUGACCGGGGCAGAAAUGUGAAAAACUGACUUGUUGGAAAGGUGGCAUUCUAUCUGCUACGUUGUAAGUCACUGAGCUCUUCAAUAAGGCCGUUCUAUUGCCAAUGUUUGUCUAUGGAGAUUGCAUGGCGGUGUGCCCAAUUUUAUAUACCUGUCAGCAACGGGUGUGGCUGAAAUUGCCGAAUCCACUAAUUUGGACAUACUUUUCUAUACACUAUAUAUAGUGUAUAUAUAUAUAUAUAUCUUUACUGUGUAGUACCAUGUGUAAUUUUGCCUUCCAUGAUUAUAAUAGUGUUAUAAUUAUUAUUUGAAAUACUAAGUAAGUUAAGUACCUUUUGUAAUUAUGCAUAAUUAUUGUAUUAAAUGUCUUGGUAUGUUGCCUUUA